UUCCCCACCCCCACCGGCGGAGGAAGUCCGAGUCAAGUGUUGUUUUUCUUCGGUUUGUUCACAUAGUCCCGCGAGACAUCAUCCAUGGAUAAAAGGCAAGAAAAGAUGAAGAGGAGCGUGUCUGAGAAGUCGAUGCUGAUGCAGAGGCAUAAGAAGAAGAAUAGCGGUGAUGAUCAGAGCAUGAACAAGAACAGGUUUCUGGUAACUGUCAAUGUCCUUGGAAGUGCGGGACCGAUAAGGUUCGUGGUGAAGGAGGAUGAUCUGGUCUCCGGGGUGAUUCAGACUGCCUUGAAGACUUAUGCCCGCGAAGGCCGCCUUCCGGUUCUCGGCACCGAAGUGAACAACUUUGUUCUCCAUGCUGCUGCAGAUUCAGAUGUUUUUCAAUCGUCAGCCUUGAACCCAUCGGAAGCCAUAGGAUCUCGGGGAGGAAGGAACUUCGUGCUGUGCAAGAAGCAGAUUCAGCCACAGAUGACGGAAGCCAGGUCCGAGAUGAUAUCGCACAAGAGAAGCGGGAGUUGGAAGGCAUGGUUCAACAAGAGCUUUAGUUUCAAAAUACUGUCCCAUUGAGAUGUCCCUCCCUGUACCUUGUAUGUCCUAUGUCCCUCAGUCAGAUUGUCCUAAACUUAAAUCAUAAUGUCUCCGCGGUCGUCAGACAAAUAAAUCACUGAUGUCCUAAUGUCAUAGGCAGCAGCAGCAGCUGAGGCACAUGAACUGUUAGGAAAACGCAUCCCAGUUUCAUGCUUGUAAUCGAUAUGGACACCACAUAUGGCAUGUAUGUUUGCUUUUUCCAUCA